UAACCCCUGCGUGGCCGGGCUAGCUUGGGUUCUGUGGGCCGGAACCCGCGAGACGGGACACCCCCCCCCAGCCACACCCCUUGAAGGAUUUAAAGGGGCAGGAGAGGCCGCGCGGGAGCGAAGUUCGAAGCGAGGGAACGGGCAUGAGGCGCUGCCCGUGCCGGGGAAGCCUGAGCGAGACGGAGGCCAGGGCGCUGCCCGCGGCGGCCCGCAUGGGACUAGAGGCGCCGCGAGGGGGGCGGCGGCGGCAACCCGGGCAGCAGCGACCCGGGCCUGGCGCUGGGGGCCCGGCAGGGCGGCGGGAGAGGGGCGGGCCCGGGGCCGGGACCGAGGGGCUUAGCCUCCACCCCGAGCCCGAGAGCACCGACUUGGGGCCUGAGCCGGAGACAGACGGACUGGCCGAAGCCUCUGGCCCGGGAGCUGCGACGGAGCGGCACGGCCUGCAGACGGAGCCCGGCAGGUCCAGCCUGCGGACACAGCAGGAAGGGAGCCGCCGCUGGCCGCAUCUGAGCACCGCCGGGCCCUGGCCGGAGCCUGGGACCUCUGAGGACUUUUGCACUGAGCUGCACGGCUCUGGUCUCCAUUGUCCCCCAGGGAGAGCCAGCCUCUGUGCAGUGCAAGAGAGAGCCGGGGCACAAACCCGGCCAGAGAGGACCCAGCCCGGGGCUGAGAAGCUCUGCACCCGGCAGAACAGGUCCUCUCUGCGUAUUCUGCAAAAGCAGACCUGCUUCUCAGAGCCCAGUGCUGAUGGUGCCUGCAGAGAACUGUGCGCUGAGGGCUCCGGGACACAGCCGGGCACCGCUGGGCCCUGGACACAGCACUGUACUGGGGGCUCCUGGACAGAACCCCAUUGCGAUGACCCCCAGACACAACAGGAGGCUGAGACCGAUGGUUGCCCAGCACAGCGAGAUACUGCUGGCUCCUGGACACAGGAUGCUCGGGCACAACCCGCAGAGCCCGGGACUGGCUGCCUUUUGGGGGAUUGCCAUCAAGACGGCCCACUGGAGGAACCAGAACCCGGGGAGCUGGUGACUCACCUGCACUCGCACCUAGAGUGUAAUUCCGUGACUCCCGUGCCCCGCCUCAUCGUCACGCCGGAAACCCCCGAGCCUGAGGCUCAGCCGGCGGGACCCCCCUCCCGUAUUGAUGGGGGCAAUGGCGGCUUCUCCUCUGCCUCCUCUUUUGAUGAGUCCGAAGAUGACAUAGGGGCCGGGGGCGGAGGUGCCAGCGACCCCGAGGACAGGUCUGGGAACAAGCAGUGGAAGAAGCUGAAGACAGUGCUGAAGUAUUCGCCAUUUGUGGUCUCCUUCCGGAAACAGUACCCUUGGGUCCAGCUGUCCGGACAUGCUGGCAACUUCCAGGCAGGUGAGGAUGGCCGGAUCCUCAAGCGCUUCUGUCAGAGUGAGCAGCGUAGUCUGGAGCAGCUGAUGCGAGACCCCCUCCGGCCUUUUGUGCCGGCCUACUAUGGGAUGGUGCUGCAGGACGGCCAGGCCUUCAACCAGAUGGAAGACCUUCUGGCCGACUUCGAGGGCCCUUCCAUCAUGGACUGCAAGAUGGGCAGCAGGACCUACCUGGAGGAGGAGCUGGUGAAGGCUCGGGAGAGGCCCCGGCCCCGGAAGGACAUGUAUGAGAAGAUGGUGGCUGUGGACCCCGGGGCCCCCACCCCUGAGGAGCACGCCCAGGGCGCCGUCACCAAGCCCCGCUACAUGCAGUGGAGGGAGACUGCGAGCUCCACUUCCACGCUGGGCUUCAGGAUCGAGGGCAUCAAGAAAGCCGACGGGACCUGCAACACCAACUUCAAGAAGACACAGGCGCUGGAGCAGGUGACAAAGGUGCUGGAGGACUUUGUGGAUGGGAGCCGGGACAUCCUGAGAAAGUAUGUGACUCGCCUGGAGAAACUUCGAGAAGCUCUGGAGAACUCCCCCUUCUUCAAGACCCAUGAGGUGGUGGGCAGCUCCCUUCUCUUUGUGCAUGACCACAGUGGCCUGGCCAAGGUCUGGAUGAUCGACUUUGGCAAGACGGUGGCUCUGCCUGACCACCAGACACUCAAUCACCGGCUGCCCUGGUCCGAGGGCAACCGUGAGGAUGGCUACCUCUGGGGCCUGGACAACAUGAUUGGCCUCCUGCAGGGGCUCGCCCACAGCUGACCUGCUCACCCGGCACCCACUGAUUCAUGGGACGGAGCCUGUCGGAUGUGGAGGAGUUCCGAGGUUGCCCACCACAGGGGACAGAGGAGGCAGUAGCGUUCACCAUACUGGCCAGCAUUUGGGGGUGGGGGGUGGGGCACUGAAGGCCCUUGGAGACCAGUGAUCACCGGGUCCCCAGGCUUUCAUGAUGAGAGGGUUGGAAGCAGGGGAGGGACGUGGCUGGAUCAGCAGGCGUGGCAGAACCAGAACUAGGUCCUUUGCCCAGCCUGAAAGGUCUCUGAGGGCUGCUGGGGCAGGUGUGACCCUGUCUGUCACCUGAAGAGUGACACAUCACUGCCCUCAAGGCCUGGGGCUGGUGUCUUCUCUAGGACCUCACCUGUCCACCUGAGAUAUUCAUGGCAACAUCUCAUCUGGGGGGCCCUCCAAGCCCCUGGGGACACAGGUGUCGGCACUAGGGACCUGC